AUGAGACUUCAAAUACUUCUUUUCGCUAUUAUUGGUUUUUAUGGAGUCUAUUCACAACCCAAUACCGAAUCCAGUUCGUCAGUCAUUUCUACUCAAAGCAACUUUAACGCCACUUUUGCCUGCACAAUAGUUCAAAAUGGAACCGUUCUAAAAGAUCCAACAAGUUGCAACACAUGGAUUCAGUGCAUUAAUCAAAAGCCAAUAUCAGGAUCAUGUCCAAAUGGACUUUUCUUUAAUCGUAAUACAAAUAAAUGUGUUGAUCCGGAUACGAUAAAAUGUUUAUCCUCCGAACCAUGUGCUAGUGUGACAACAAAAAAUGGAACAUUUCUUGCUGAUCCAUAUUCCUGCAGUAGUUACUACUAUUGUUUAAAUGGUGUGGCAACAUUGGGGGCGUGUUCAUCAGGUCUUAACUAUAAUCCGGAAACAGAUGUUUGUAUACAAAAUUUCACAUGCCCACAGAAUCUUGAUCCGGAUAAUUGGUGUAAUAUCAUUCCUGAUGGACAAUUUUUCUCCAAUCUACAAAGAUGUCGAAAAUAUCAUUUCUGUCAAAAUGGAAUUCUUGAAAAUGGAACAUGCCCAACGGGAUAUUAUUUUAAUGCUUUCAAAAGUAUUUGUGAUUAUGAAAAGAAUGUUUAUUGUCCACUAGCUGAGUUGAGAAAAUUUAAAAAAUCCGGUCAGGGAAUAUGUCAAAAUGAUGGACAAUUUCUUUCGGAUAAUACAACUUGUUCGGGAUAUUUCUAUUGUCAAUUGGAAGAAUCAGGGGAAUUUCAGAUGAUUUGGCAGAAUUGUUCGAAUGGAAGAUUUUUUGAUCCUUUGGAUGGUGGAAAGUGUGGUUAUCGAAGUGAUGUUGAAUGCAAGUAUGAUCGAUGUGUUGGAAUGGGUUUGAAUGGUAUUCAACUUGUCAAUGGGCAGUCAGAUAGUUGCAGAGGUUAUUUGAUAUGUCAAGAUGGUAAACAAAUUGGUAAUGGAACAUGUCCUGAUGAUAAGAAAUACUUUGAUGAGGACUUACAGCGGUGUACGAGUGACGUUGUGCAGUUUCCAGCUUGUUCAACAAAUUCUACUGCUGUUUGA